GUGUUACAGUGUAAGUGCAGAAAUAAACUUGUUUCUUUCUUAGUAUUUACCACAGACUGAUUCCUCAAACGAUGAGCUACGGAAGCCGCCCGGGUCCAAAACACUGGAACGUGUUCUACAGUGCUCUGUUUACUUCACUUGUAACGAUGAUGUGAGACAGAAAACGCUAGCUAGCUAGCCUAGCUAAAGUAAUGGAGAACCGGUAAGGGAUGGAGGAGAGAACACGUGUGAUGGGGGUCAGUGUAAUGUCCCCCCCUUUUACUUUUAAUCUCACGAUGACUAUUUGUUCUCACUUUCUUGUUGCCAAGGAACCGUUAAAUUCUCACUGGCGACGUUAGCCUGGUAGGUUGCUAGGCUACGCUAAGCUACAGCGAGGCUAGCUGCAGUGGGUUCGUGUUUCGGUGCCGUUUUGAUAUGGCACACUGCAAACUCUACACCACUCCCAACACCGGGAUUUGUUUUCUUAGUUAACACUGCUGAAUAACAUUACAUUGCUGCUGGGUAAAAAAAAAUCUGCUACACCUUAGUUAACGGUGCUGCUUGUAAAAAAAAAAAAACUGUCAGGCCUGGAAUGGAGCCAGGGGACUUGCGAGAGAGCCCCGCCGGGUCCGGGGAGUCAGAUGCUGGGGAUUGGAGGGAGGUUAUUCCCGGAAGGGAGGAGGAGGAGGAGGAGGAGCAGGAGGAAGAGGUUAAAGCUACGGAAACUAAUGGAAACCCUUUGGAAACGGUGGACAGAGACACCUGCGAGGACAACAAAUGCGUGGGAGAACAAUUACACAGUCCCUACGAGGAGGAACUGGACCCCAGAAUCCAGGAAGAGUUGGAGCAUCUUAAUGAAGCCAGUGCAGAAAUCAACAGACUGGAGCUGCAGUUGGAUGAUGCCAGAUCAGGGUACCGGAAGAUUCUCACAGAGUCUGCCAGGAAGCUAAAUGCUCAGAGCUCUCAGCUCGGUGGGUGCAUUGAGAAAGCAAGACCUUAUUAUGAAGCUCGUCGUCUUGCAAAAGAGGCUCAGCAGGAGACCCAGAAGGCGGCUUUGAGCUAUGAGAGAGCGGUUUCUAUGCACACGGCUGCCAGGGAGAUGGUCUACGUGGCAGAGCAGGGCCUCAUGGCUGAUGGCAAGAACACCCUCGACCCAACCUGGCAGGAGAUGCUCAAUCAUGCAACCUCCAAGGUGAACGAAGCUGAGGAGGAGCGACUGCGCAGUGAGAGGGAACACAUGCGCGUCACGCACGCCUGUCAGGAAGCUGAAGCUCGUGUUCAGAUGCUGCAAAAGUCCCUGAAAAGAGUCAUUGUGAAAUCCAAACCUUACUUUGAGCUCAAGGCCCAGUUCAACCACAUACUGGAGGAAAACAAGACCAAGGUGCUGCAGCUGGAACAGCACGUCGCCAAAGUAAAGACCCGCUACUCCAUCGCCCUGAGAAACUUGGAACAAAUCAGCGAGCAGAUCCACGCACAGAGGGGGACGGACCAGGCCAAGGGAUGCCGCCCCACUGCGUGCAGCGGGCGAAGUCCUCCUGUCGGAGCUGAGUCUGACACCAGAGUCAAGCAGGAGGUUGCAGCGUGCAGUGGUGGUGCAACAGGGACAGAUCGAGUGGAUGCAGCUUCAAACCUGGUGGAGAAAUACAAGGAGAAAGAGAAUGAAAAGGAGAGGGAGCGGGCGGGGUCGGAUUCCCUGUCGGUUUUCAGCCUACAGACCAUUGCUUCCGACUUGGAGAAAUAUGACUCCAUCGAGCACCUUGGGAAUCUCAGCGACGUAGGGAGCGUAACCGGGGAUGAGGGGGAGAAAGAGAGAGGUGCAGUGAUGGAUAGAAGAGACAAGCUGAUGGAAUCAGCGGCCAAAGAGCGCCAGCAGCAGUUCUACAAGCAGCACCACCGAAGCUUUAGUUUGUGAAGCUUUCAUAGAUAUAACGGCUAGGAAUGCAAAACAAGUCAAAUAUGAGGUUUAAGAAAAGUACAAAUUAGGGUUAACAUCCCUGUCCUAUCGGUACGAACCAAAGUAUAAUAGAAUAAAUUAGCUGCAAUUGUAAAACUUGAGUUAUGCUGCAGAUUUAGGCGCACAACACUCGGUGUAAAUAAGCUCAUGUGCGUUGACUGACAUUAUACCUAAAGCUGAUCAAUAGUUAACAUUGCAGCCUAGUUAGAACACUACUUCUGGCAUCUAAAGAGCUUUCUGCCCUCCAGGACAAAUAAACUGUAUACUCACUCCCCUGUGAGGGCUUCUGGGUAGAAUUUGUUCCCUGAGCAUGAAGAAAAAAGCAGAGAAAGAUCAAAAAGCCCUGCUCGAACAGAAAUAUAUAUAUAAAAAAAGAAGCAUAAUUUCUUUCUUUCCCAGGCUAAUCGUUGAUCUAAUUUGGUGAGACUGGUGAAAACGAAUCCCUCUGUUGUUUCCCCCUCGAGUCGUGUCAUUUCAUUUGCAUCCACGUACAGAGGGGAGGGGUGCAGGGUCUCUGCAUACACACUGAGAUCCAUACUCCAAAGUAUUUCCCCCUUUACUCAGUUAGUUUGAAGGAAAGAAUGACAAAAACGUCUCUCUGUCGAUGCAGAGUUGAAAGCAUGUUUGAAUUCACGUUUCAUGUAUUUAUUUCCGAUAACAUGCUGCAAGAGGUGCUUCGGUAUUUUUGGCACGAGAGAAUGCGUUUUUUGAAAAUUCCUGCGAUGAUGACAAGAGUGAACACAGUCUGAAGACGAUUGUUUCACUCUUCACUCCAACAGCAUGCACUCCCGGUUGGCUAUUUAAAAAGACAUUUAUGACGUGCAUUUGGGGUAAUGUGCUGACAGAAACACUGACACUAAAAUAAUAACGCUUAGUCAUGUUUUCUUUUUACGUCUUUAUGCUUUAGUCUCAUGGUGUAAACGCCUUCGAAAUUUGUAUGAUUUGGAUAUUGUUUGCAUUUAAAAAAAGUAUUCUUCCUAAGUUUGCCUUUAAAAAAACAAAACUUGCCCUUGUUGUUAUUUGAAGUGUGCCUUUACACUGAACAAGCAACACAUUUAGCAUGAGUAGUACUUAUUGCAAACUCAUCUGUAGUUCUGUUUAGAACCAUUUAAAGAACAACUUUGUGCCCUUUUUCUUUUAAAUAUAAUUUGUAAAAAAUUAUUUUAAAAAUCUGAUCGCCAGGGCACCAUCUCCAAGUGACACUUGAAUUUCUGUUUCUUUUGAAUCCUGUGAUUAUUGCUUCUAUGAUGAUAUUGUACUUUGAUUGUCAAAGUGUGAGAUGCUGAAGUCAAAGAAAUGACUUGUAAAUGUAUGUAAUUAUUACAAAGCUGGAAAAUAUUGACAUGUACAGUUACAUGUGUUUUGCUGAUUUGAAUAUUUGACUCGUUUGAUUGUACAGAUGUUCUGUAAACCCACAGGUUAUUUAAAUCAAUGUUAUGGUCGCAGUUUAUCUGAAACACCUCCACUUCACUCCUGUCUUAAGAAAUAGGCUUCAACUUUUUUGGAUGCAUAUGUGAAUUAUGUCUCACUAUUUCCAACUUAUGCAUUGUCAUAUCUAGAAUAAAUAAACCAGAUAGUACUUA